CUCUUUAAGCAGCAAACAGCUUACCCCACACCUUUCCGCCGCCUCAGCCUCAAUACGAUUCUUGCAAGGGCAGACGACACCUCCGAGUUCUCUCGCCGCACCUCAGCUCCGACUCCAGAGCGCCCAGCCUCGAUCCGAUAUCAACGAUGGCCGACGUCGACAUGACAGAUGCGCCGGGCGCCGGCGCCGUGACAAAAAAGAAGGCCGCCGCCACCGACACAAAGGGCGCUGAGGGAAAGAAGCGCUUCGAGGUCAAGAAGUGGAAUGCCGUUGCUCUUUGGGCUUGGGACAUCGUCGUCGACAACUGUGCCAUCUGCAGAAACCACAUCAUGGACCUGUGCAUCGAGUGUCAGGCGAACCAGGCCUCUGCCGCCAGCGAGGAGUGUACUGUAGCUUGGGGAAUCUGCAACCACGCCUUUCACUUCCACUGCAUAUCGAGAUGGCUCAAGGCCCGACAAGUCUGCCCGCUAGACAACCGCGACUGGGAGUUCCAGAAGUACGGACGCUGAAGACAGAACAUCGACCGACGAUGCUUUCUAUUACGGGGUCCCUUUGCCGACCGUGGAGGGCACUUCCUGCGACGAACAGCUCGCCCAGCCCUUCAGGAGGAUACUAGGCUACCAAAUGCCGGUAUAAUUCGGCCGAGAACACCGGAAGGCCCAGAAGGGGGCGGGCAGUACUCUGAAACAGAGCACUAUGCUUUCCCCGCACAUGCGUCAUGAUAGAUAGAUUCAUUUGUCAUGCUCUCGGGAAGCAAUACCAAAGAUACCAAGAACACCU